AUGGAAAAUGUUACUGUGUUUAUUCUUUUGGGGCUUUCUGAAAACAAACAUAUUGAAGUCCUCUGCUUUGUGUUAUUUCUAGUUUGCUACAUUGCCAUUUGGGUGGGCAAUGUGCUUGUUAUGAUUUCUAUCACUUUCACUCAGCUCACAGAGCAACCUAUGUAUUUCUUCCUCAACUAUUUAUCCCUUUCUGAUCUUUGCUACACAUCCACAGUGACACCCAAACUGCUAACUGAUUUACUGGCAGAGGAGAAGAUUAUUUCCUAUAAUAAUUGCAUGACACAACUCUUUGUUCUUCAUUUCCUUGGAGCCAUUGAGAUCUUCAUUCUCACAGCAAUGGCCUUUGACCGUUAUGUAGCCAUCUGCAGGCCUCUGCACUACACCACCAUCAUGAACAGACAGAGAUGCAAUGAAAUCCUUGCAGUUUGUUGCACUGGAGGAUUUCUGCACUCAGCCAGUCAGUCUCUUCUCAUUACCUUUUUGUCCUUUUGUGAUUAUAAUGAGAUAGAUCACUACUUCUGUGACGUGUACCCUUUAUUGAAAUUGGCUUGCAGUGAUACAUAUAGAAUUGAUCUCUUUGUCAUUGUUGAUUCUGGCCUAGUUGCUUUGGUAACGUUUGUAAUUUUGAUGAUCUCAUAUAUUCUGAUAUUACACACCAUUAGAGUUUACCCUGCAGAGAGCCGUUCCAAAGCUCUUUCCACAUGUAGUUACCACGUAACCAUUAUGGUCCUGUUUUUUGUGCCUGUUCUCUUCAUUUACAUUAGACCAAAUAUAACGCUCCCAGAAGACAAAGUUUUUGCUCUUUUCUACACUAUCAUAGCUCCCAUGUUCAACCCUCUCAUCUACACACUGAGGAACACUGAGAUGAAGAAUGCCAUGAAGAAAAUAUGCUAUCAUCGAAUACCUUUGCAAUGGAAGCACAUUCCAUGA